AGAGCGAGAGAGACUGAAAGCAGAACCCUUCCUUAUCUCUUUCUCUUCAGCCUUAGCUUCCCAUCCUCUCUCCUCUUCUAGAGAGAGAGAUAUGGCUCCGAAAGCUGGCCGCGGCAGGGGAGCGAAAGGCAAAGGCGAGAAGAAGAAAAAAGAGGAAAAAGUAGUUCCUAAUGUGAUUGAUAUAACUGUAAUAACUCCAUGCGAGACUCGAAUUACACUGAAGGGAAUAUCCACUGAUAAGAUAAUAGAUGUGAGGAAGUUAUUAAGCUCAAAUGUUGAGACAUGUCACGUGACAAACUACUCGCUGGCGCACGUGGCACGGGGGCAACGGUUGAAUGAUGGCGUGGAAAUCGCGUCUCUCAAGCCUUGUGUGCUGCGACUGGUGGAAGAGGAAUAUGUGAGGGAAGAGGAUGCCGUUGCGCAAGUGCGGAGGUUGCUGGACAUCGUCGCUUGCACGACUGUGUUCGCGAGGCACCAGAACAGGGAUGGGGGCGGCAAAGCCCGAAAGCAGGCGGCGCCUCCUACUUCGGCCGCAAUGGCCGCCGGUUCUCCAGCUAUAUCGUCGGCCGCUGCCAUCUCCGUCGAUGAUGAGUUUCAGGAGCUUCCCGUUCCCGCCUUUUCCGAGGAGUUUGACAUGGCGGCCAUACAACCACAACCGAAGCUCGGCGAUUUCUAUGAUUUUUUCUCCUUCUCCAACUUAGCCUCUCCCAUCCAAUUUAUAAGGAGGCGCGAAGUAGAUCCUUCCGAGAAGUGGCGAGAAAAGGAGCACUUUGAGAUUGAGGUCAAGGUUUGCAAUGGAAAAUUACUACGUGUGGUGGCGGGAUUUAAAGGUUUCUACAGCACCGGAAAGCAUUUUAUUCAAAGCCAUUCUCUUGUAGAUCUACUGCACCAGCGCAGCAGGGCGUUUUCCAACGCCUAUGAUUCCCUGAUGAAAGCUUUUGUAGACCAUAACAAGUUUGGGAAUCUACCAUAUGGAUUUCGGGCAAACACAUGGCUUGUGCCUCCAGUGUUUGCUGAAUCUCCUUCUAAAUGUCCCUCGUUGCCAGUAGAAGAUGUCAUGUGGGGACCAAAGGGUCAUGCAUGGAGUUUUGACUGCAGAAAAUGGUCUAAAGAUUUCGCAACUUUGGCUGCAUUUCCAUGCAGAACUGAAGAAGAAAGACUGGUUCGAGACCGCAAAGCUUUUUUGCUUCACAAUCUGUUUGUGGAAACUGCAGUGUUGAAAGCUACAUCAGCAAUUCGUAAACUUAUUGAUUCCAAUGCAAGUGCUGCCCAUGGUGUUUUGCAUGGUUCGGUAGUGCAUGAAGAAAAUGUUGGAGAUCUGAACAUAGUUGUAAGAAGGGACUUUCCCGAUGCUAGUGGAAAACUGGAGGAGAAGGUUGAGGGGAGCCAAGUGCUGAAUAUCUCUGAAGAAGAGCUUGCAGUAAGGAAUAUUCUCAAAGGUUUGACAGCUAAUGAGAGUGUGGUUGUCAAUGAUACUGCAACACUGGGCAUAGUCAUUGUAAAACAUUGUGGAUAUACUGCCACUGUUAAAGUGUCACCUUGUGUGGAUCACAAUAAUAAUUCUCAUCAUGUUUUUGAGAUAGAAGACCAACCAGAAGGUGGUUCUAAUACUUUGAACAUAAACAGCUUAAGAGUGCUUCUACACAAGUUGCCUGAUCAUGAAUCAUUUGUGGGAUGCCUACCUUCUUGUAAUGAUUAUGUUGAAGUAAGGGCUGGAAGGUGUUUGGUUCACAGAAUAAUUAGUGAUAGUCUAUACAAUCUAGAAAAGGUGCUUGGCUUUACUGAGAAGGCAUUCAGAUGGGAACUUGGAACUUGUUGGCUUCAGCACUUGCAGAAAAAUAAGAAUUCAGCAGUUGAGGGUGAUAAUGAAAAAGAGGAAGACAAUUUUGUUGAACCAAUUGUUAAAGGUUUUGGAAAGCAAUUUGAACAGUUAAAAAGAAUAAGAAAGAAAACAAACACCAUCCAUAGCAAGUCUGUCAAGGAAGAUUCUAACGUCGAUGAUGCUCAAUUAAAAGAAAUUAGUAAUGCAGAGAAACUAGAAGAACUUGAAGGAAAUGAGAACUAUGAAUUGAAGAAAAGGAUAACAGAAGAAGCUUUUAAGUUUUUGAUAGAUUCUGGCACUGGUCUUCACCAAAAGUCAAUUAAAGAGCUCACCAAGAUGGCACAUAGAUAUUAUAAUGACGUUGCUCUUCCAAAGCUGGUAGCAGAUUUAGCAUCACUUGAGUUAUCUCCCGUUGACGGAAGAACCCUUACUGACUUCAUGCAUACACGUGGUCUUAAAAUGUCCUCCUUGGGCCGUAUUGUUGAGCUUGCAGAGAAGCUCCCACAUGUACAGUCACUCUGUAUUCAUGAGAUGGUCACUCGAUCCUUCAAGCAAUUAAUAAGAGAUGUGGUUGCUGCUGUUAAGAACUUCUCAGAUAUUCCUUACGCAGUUGCUACAGCACUGAAUGUCUUGUUAGGAUCCACCAAAGGGGAUAAAGGAGACCUGGGCUUGUCUAAUGAUCAUGGACUCAAGAUGAAGUGGCUCAAAGCCUUUAUCUUAAAGAAGUAUUCGUGGAAGCUACGAAAUGAGUUUCAGUAUUUGAGAAAGUUUGUGAUUCUUAGAGGGCUUUGUCAAAAGGUGGGGCUGGAGCUGGUUGCUAGAAAUUAUGAUUUUGAUAGUCCAAAUCCUUUUGAGAAAUCUGAUAUUAUCGGCAUAAUUCCUGUAUAUAAACAUGUCGUGUGCUUAUCCAUAGAUGCUAGGAACUUAUUGGAGUCAUCAAAGACAGCACUAGACAAGGGAAAGCUAGAGGAUGCUGUUAGCUAUGGCACAAAGGCACUAUCGAAAAUGAUAGCCGUGUGCGGUCCGUACCAUCGAAUGACUGCCAAUGCUUACAGUCUUCUCGCUGUUGUCCUAUACCAUACUGGAGAUUUCAAUCAGGCGGCCAUAUAUCAGCAGAAGGCGUUGGAUAUUAAUGAACGGGAGAUUGGACUUGACCAUCCAGAGACCAUGAAAAGUUAUGGGGAUCUUUCUGUGUUUUACUACCGUCUGCAGCACAUUGAAUUGGCUUUGAAGUAUGCUAACCGUGCGCUCUAUCUUCUUCACUUUUCCUGUGGAUUGUCACACCCAAAUUCUGCCGCAACCUAUAUUAAUGUUGCAAUGAUGGAGGAGGGAAGAGGGAAUGCUAAUGUUGCUUUAAGAUACCUGCAUGAAGCCCUCAAGUGCAAUCAACGAUUAUUGGGGGCCGAUCACAUUCAAACAGCUGCAAGCUAUCAUGCGAUUGCCAUAGCCCUUUCAAUGAUGGAAGCAUAUUCCCUCAGUGUGCAACAUGAACAAACUACUUUGCAGAUACUGCAAGCUAAACUAGGAUCUGAAGAUCUGCGCACUCAGGAUUCGUCUGCUUGGCUUGAAUACUUUGAAUCUAAAGCUUUGGAACAGCAAGAGGCUGCACGUAAGGGCAUGCCCAAGCCUGAUGCAUCAAUUGCCUGCAAAGGUCACCUCAGUGUAUCAGAUCUCCUUGAUUACAUAAAUCCGGACCCGGAUAUGAAGGAAAAGGACAUACAGAGAAAACAGAGGCAUACCAAGAGCAAUAAUAAACCCAAUCAAGAGCAGUCAGUUACAAAUCCAGAUGAUGGAUGCCUCAUAAGCAACCCGAAAAAUCAUGAGCAGAUAGAAGCAUCCAGACAAGAGGAGAAGCCUAAAGAACCUCAUUUUGGAAUUAAGGAAGGUACUGAGAUUCUUCUGGUAUCCAAAGAAGAGUCUUCUGAUGAAGGGUGGCAGGAAGCCAGCUUCAGAGGAAAAUCUAAUCAAAUGCGGUGGAAAUCUGAUUCAAGACGACCCGCCAUUUCUAAGUUAGUAGCGAACAACUCGGGGUCAUAUUCUACCGUAAGUGUCGGUUCUAAGACAAGAACCAUAUCACCAAAUUCUAAGUUCAUCUUUGAUGGAGCAAGCUCCUCCACAGAUGUCCCUUCAGUUGGAAAAUUGUGGAACUCUUCAAGUUCAGUGGGAGAAGAGGCUAAUAAACCUCAACCGGCUAUCCCUGAUAUAGAGGCUAUUUCAGAACACCACCUUAAGGCUUCUGGUACGAGCAGGCUCUGUGCUGUGGCUUCCAGGUUUGUGUCCUACAAAGAAGUAGCCAUGUCACCUCCUGGCACUGUUUUAAAGCCUGUAGCUGAACAAACUGUUCAAGUUAAGGAUAAGUCCAAUGAUCCACAUGUGCAAAACAAGGGGGUAGAGAAAAUCAAGGAUGAAAAUGAGACAUGCGAGGAUUUGGAAGAAUCUCCUUCUGAUGAAAGUGACAAAGAGGCUCACUCAAACGAAGCAGUGGAGGCAGAUAGGGAGGAGAAACCUUCUACAAGUUCUGAUGAGGUUCAGGAAUUUUCUGAUUCCAAGAAAGAAAUGACAAGCAGAAGCAGCUUGUCAGCUUCUGCUCCUCCAUUUAAUCCAGGGUCUCUGCUUUCAAUGUCUCAUCCAUAUAACUCGGUUGCAGUUGAUGGCAUAUAUAAUGCAAGAGAUUUUCAGAAGAGUGCAGCACAUGAGCUUUUGGAAAUUCCUUCUGCUGAGUCUGUAGAUCUUAGAGUCUCUCGUGGUCCCAGAUCCACAAUUUACUAUAGGACUGUGCAUUCUUUCAGGAGGAAAGCUCGUUAUGCAAGUUCCAACAAUGGCUUUUCCAAUAGAAAUAGCAACUCUCAGAGCAUCAUGAAUCCUAAUGCUGCUGAGUUUGUUCCGGCUAAGGGUUGGCGCCAAGAAGUAGAAAAAUCUGCGGUUGUCGGCGAAGAAGCUCAAACUCCUAAAAAUGCAUCUUUUAAGCAGCAAGAAUUUACAAAUGUUUCAAGGAAUGGAACUUCCGAUAUUCUUUACUCGCAAGAGGAAAGAAAAGUAGAGAAACCUGAUAAACUAGUGAUUAGCAAUGGCAAUGGGAGAAAUGACACUAAGAGCCUACAAAAAACUGAGCUUGGACGACAAAUUCUUCUCAACUUAGUUGUGAAAUCAUUUCAGCAUAGUCUGAUCUCUUCAUCUGAGACUGAGGUUACUUCAGGUCUUGCUAAAAACAAGCACAGUAAAGCGCAGCUCUCCCAAUCUUCAAACUCUGUGCAGUUUAAGACGGGAAGAACUAAUAACAGCAAGAAACAAGAUGCAGAAGGAUUUACAAUCGUCUCAAAGCGGAGGAGCGCCAAGCAUCAAUUCCCUAGUGAAGUGAACGGCUUGUAUGCCCAGCAAUCUAUCUGUACCUAAUGGGUUGACAAAGCUCGGAGAAAAGGAAAACAACGAGUUCUUUGUUUCCUUGCUGAAUAUUUGAACUUUCUCAAUAAUGUAAGAGCAGAGAUGAAAGUAUAUUGCUAGUCUUCCUGGUUGAGGAGCAGAUAUUCAAGAGUGAUCUUGUAAUAACAAGUUGGUCUUAAGAUUCCCAGUUUUUCAAGUGAUUGUUUAGGAAGUUCAAUGAUUUCAUUAAAAGAACUUGUGGUUUUUAAUACAUAAACCUUUUUCGAUUGCUUAAAA